AGGUGGUGGACGCCUGCUGCACACAGCGUCAGACGCCUGGUGCUGCACUUUGUUUAUCCACUAGAGUAAAAUCUGAAGAAAACGAACAGUGUUGAGAUUCAGGCAGCUGUCAUCAUGACUCCAACUUUCCUCCUCCUUCUCCUGUCAAUGACGACCGUUUGUCUGAGUGACACCGGAGAUCAAACUGACGAGUCUAUGGACGUCUCCGAGAUCAUCGCGAGGGCCAACGCUGACAUUGGAUCACAGGUGGUGCACGGAGACAUCGUUCGCGAUUUACGCAGGAACGCAGAUUCAUGCACUGCUAAAGGAUGCAAGUGGCGUAAAAUGCUGUGGCGAAAAUACACCUACGUGCCCGUCCGCAUCUCCUCUGCUUACAGCAGAGCAGAGCGCAACAUCAUCAUCAGAGGCCUCGUGACCUUCCACAAGUCCACCUGCAUUCGCUUUGUCUGGAAGAGGUGGUGGCACCGCAGCUACAUCUACUUCUUCUCUGGAUCUGGCUGUUGGUCCUAUUUGGGCCGCGUGGGAGGACGACAGCGCAUCUCCCUGAAGAAAAGGGGUUGUUUGUACCAGUCCACGGUGCAGCACGAGGUUCUCCACGCCCUGGGCUUCCACCACGAGCACGUCCGCUCCGACAGGGACACGUACGUCCAGAUCCUCACCCAGAACAUUCAGCCAGGAAGAGAAUCCAACUUCCAGAAGGAGAACACUAACAACCUGAACACUCCCUACGACUUCAUGUCUGUCAUGCAGUACAGCAAAUAUGCCUUCUCCAGAAACGGGCUCCCGACCAUCAUCAACAAGUCUGAUACCAACGCUGCGUUUGGGACGGCUACACAGAUGAGCCCCAACGACAUCGCUCGCGUCAACAGGCUUUAUAAAUGCUAAUGAAAGAGUCUCCAGAUCCAUCAACGCUGAGCUCAUCGGGAUUAAACCAAAGGCUAAAAACUGUUGUUCUGAAAGAAUAUUACUGCAUUUCUGUGCAUAUGUUGUUCUGUGAUGAUGAAUAGUUUGCUAUCUUAUCUCCAUUAAAGGGACUUCUGUCUGUAAUCAUCUUUUAUUUGAUUUUAAAAUGUUUGGUAACUUCUUCACUGAUUUGAUUUGGUGAUGAUUGAUCUUUUAAUUGUUAAAAUGUUGCUCACAUACGCAGCCAUAAAGUAAAAUGAUGGAAAAAAUGAAAGUUGAAUGAAAAUGAAAUGAAGGAAAUGGACAAAUAUCAGUGGUGGAUGGAGCGUCUGCACCAUCCUCGCAGCUAAAGUUAACAGCACAGGGAUGUAAAACCCUUUAAAGCAUAAAGCAUAUCUGACCCUUAAAAUAAAUAAAUUCAAAGUCUUGAUAUUUUAUAAAUAUACUGAAUUUGAAAAAAGUACAAACUCAAACUCAUAACCAAGAACAUUACGUGAACAUUUUACUUUACCGGGACAAAUGGCUCCUUAUCUGUGUCAUCUAUGUGAAUUAUGAGCAGACAGACAAUUAUUUAAUCAUUUUUAAUCAUUUUAUCAGAAUAACUUUGACAAAAUGUCUCGUUCUUAUUCAUUUUAAUGUUUUAUUUGUUCCUGCAAUGAAGUAAAAGAAUGGUAAGUAUGAAAGAAUGAAUGAAUGGUAAAGGAAAUAAAGUCUGACUAAUGAUCAUUA